AUGUCCGUUGGCAUUCCGAUUAAAGUUUUGCACGAUGCCGAGGGUCACGUAAUUACCCUGGAGACAGUCAACGGUGAGGUCUUCCGGGGAAAGUUGGUUGAAGCAGAGGAUAAUAUGAAUAUUCACAUGUCCGACAUCAUAAUGACCGCCCGUGAUGGUCGAACAUCAAAUCUACAACAGGUUUAUAUCCGCGGCAGCAAGAUCAGGUAUGUUUGGUUUGUAUCCUUAUUAGUGAAGAUUUCUCAUCCUUCCCGAUAUGUUGAAAAACUCUCCAAUGCUGAAACGCCCACUUGGUGCGAAGGGCCUGGGAACAGGUAG